AAAGAAAAAAAGAAAUAGUAAAGGGUUUUGUUUUGUUUGUCCCACUCCAUGCGUCAUUCGAUUAGAUUCUUUCAUACACAAAAUUCUCUCUUUCUCAGAUAGUAAUACCAAACAAAACAUCAAAGAAAAAGCUAAUAGCAAAACAUACAGAAACAAGCGAAUCACAGAAGUACAGAUCUAACAAACAUGGGUUAGACAGACUCAAAAUCAAGAAAAACACAUACAUGCAACUAAAUGUCUCUUUUCCAUUAGCUGCUUCUCAUCACAACAAAGCUAACCUGCAGUUUCUUUUUGCAAAUUUUGAAGAUAACGGUUAUAUUUUUGUGUGUAUAUAUAAUAGCCGAAAGGAUAUGAAUUAUAACUCAUGAGGUAGGUACAGGGAGUGAGAGAUAAGCCAUCAGCGUUUCAAAUUCUUUGGCUGUUGAUCAUUUAGUUGGAUCCUCAUAUAAAGAUAUUAAUUUUCUCUGAUCAGAAUUUUGUUGAAAAAAGGGAGCUUUUGUUCUCGGAUUGAAAUAUUAUGGCAUCGCGAACUGAUUCAAAACGAAAGUAUUCCUGGUGGUGGGACAGCCACAUAAGCCCCAAGAACUCAAAAUGGCUUCAGGAGAAUCUUACAGAUAUGGAUGUCAAAGUCAAACAUAUGAUCAAACUCAUAGAAGAAGAUGCAGAUUCCUUUGCAAGGAGGGCAGAAAUGUACUAUAAGAAACGCCCGGAGCUUAUGAAAUUGGUUGAAGAGUUUUACAGAGCAUACCGUGCCUUGGCUGAAAGAUAUGAUCAUGCAACUGGAGUGAUCCGCCAAGCACAUCGAACAAUGGCAGAAGCAUUUCCCAACCAAGUACCUUUCAUGCUAGGAGAUGAUUCGCCUUCAGGUUUUAGUGAUGGUGAGCCUCGUACGCCUGAAAUGCCACCGAUACGUGCACUUUUUGAUCCUGAUGAGUUGCAAAAGGAUGCUUUGGGAGUCUCACCAUCACAUUUGCAUUCUAUAAAGAGGAAUGGAGCUUUUACAGAGGAAUCGGAUUCUGUUCCUGGCAGAAAGGGUUCAAAACAGUCCAAUGAUUUGUUUGGUUCUGCAGAGGGGGUGAACAAUGCAAAGGUGACUGAGGGAAAAGCAAGAAAAGGCCUCAAUUUUCAUGAUACGGAAGAACAAAAUGUACAAAACAACGAUAUCAAGGCUCGAGUUCCAUCUGAUUCUGAGCGAGUGGGUAAAGCUGAGAUGGAAAUUUUGACCUUAAAAAACGCUCUUGCUAAAUUAGAAGCCGAAAAGGAAGCUGGGCUGCUUCAGUACCAACAGAGUUUGGAGCGAUUGUCCAAUCUGGAGUCAGAAGUCUCUCGUGCUAAGGAAGAUUCUGUGGGACUUAAUGAACGAGCCGGCAAAGCUGAAACUGAAGUUCAAUUUUUAAAGGAAGCCCUUAUUAGGCUUGAAGCUGAAAGAGAGUCCAGUUUUCUUCAAUAUCAGCAGUGUUUGGACAAAAUAGCUAAUAUGGAGAACUGCAUCUCCCAUGCCCAGAAAGAUGCAGGAGAACUGAAUGAGCGAGCUAGUAAAGCUGAAACUGAGGUUCAAACACUCAAGCAAGAACUGGCUAGAUUAGAAGCUGAAAAAGAAAGUGCUCUUCACCAGUACAACCAGUGUCUGGAAAAGAUCUCUGAUCUGCAGGAAAAAUUAUUGCAUGCUGAGGAAGAUGCCAGGAGGUUUAGUGAGCGUGCUGAUAAAGCUGAAAGAGAAGUUGAAACCUUGAAGCAAGAGGUAGCCAAGUUAACUAAAGAGAAUGAAGCUGCUGCUGUUCUCUUUCAACAAUGCUUGGAUACAAUUUCUGGUCUGGAGAGAAAACUAGCAUCUGCCCAAGAGGAGGCGCAAAGACUUAACUCUGAGAUAGAUGAUGGGAUUGUGAAGUUGAAGGGUGUGGAAGAAAGGUGUCUUUUGUUGGAGAAAUCAAAUCAGAGCAUGCACUCUGAGCUGGAGACUGUGGCACAGAGAAUGGCUGCCCAAAGUGAAGAACUUACAGACAAGCAGAAGGAAUUGGGACGACUUUGGACUUGUGUACAAGAAGAGCGCUUGCGAUUCUUGGAGGCUGAAACCGCUUUUCAAACUUUGCAGCAUUUGCACUCUGAGUCUCAGGAAGAACUGAGAUCUAUGGUGGCAGAGAUUCAGAAUAAGGCUCAAAUCUUACAGGACCUGGAAGCUCAUAAUCGGACUUUAGAAAAUGUAGUUGAGGAGGUAAAGAUGGAGAACAAAGGCCUGAAUGAAGUAAACAUGUCUUCAGCUUUGACAAUAGAGAAUCUACAAGCUGAGAUUUCAAGCUUAAGGGAGAUAAUAGGCAAACUUGAAGCAGAUGUCGAACUUCGGUUGGACCAAAGAAAUGCUCUUCAGCAGGAAAUAUACUGUCUAAAGGAGGAACUUAGUGACCAUAACAAAAAAUACCAAGCUAUCAUGGAGCAGUUGGAGUCAGUUGGCUUCAGUCCAGAGUGCCUUGGGUCAUCUGUGAAGGAUUUGCAAGAUGAGAACAUAAAGCUAAAAGAGUGUUAUGAGCAAGAGAGAAGCGAAAAAGUUGCUCUUUUGGAUAAGUUGGAGAUCAUGGAGAAGCUUAUAGAGAAAACUGCUCUUUUAGAGAAUUCUUUAUCGGAUUUGAAUGUUGAGCUAGAAGGGGUGAGAGAGAGAGUAAGGGCAUUAGAGGAAUCCUGUCAAUCUCUCCUGGGAGAAAAAUCCGCUCUUGUUUCUGAGAAGGCUGCAUUAGUCUCUCAGUUGCAGAUUGCAACUGAUAAUUUAGAGAAACUCACAGAGAAGAAUAAUUUUCUGGAGAAUUCCCUUUUUGAUGCACAUGCUGAAGUUGAAGGGUUGCGGGUAAAAUCAAAGAGCUUAGAAGAUUUAUGUACAUUGCUUGCUAAUGAGAAGUCUGACCUGGUCACCGUGAAAGGAAAUUUAAUUUCUCAGUUGGAUGUCACUCAGAAAAGACUGGAAGAUUUGGAGAAUAAUUAUACAGAUUUGGAAGGGAAAUAUUUCAGUCUGGAGAAAGAGAGAGAGUCCAAACUUCAUGAAGUAGAAAAGUUACGGGUUUACUUAGAUGCUCAAAAGCAAGAACAUGCCAGUCUUGCCCAGUUGAGUGAGUCUCAAUUGGCUGGUAUGGCCACACAGAUUCGGUUGCUACAAGAAGAAGGCCAGUGCAUGAGGAAAGAAUAUGAAGAAGAACUUGAGGAAGCCUUUACUGCUCAGACACAGACUUUCAUCUUGCAGAAAUGUGUGCAAGAUCUUGGAGAAAACAAUUUUACCCUCUUACUCGAGUGUCAGAAGCUACUGGAAGCAUCUAAGUUGUCUGAGAAACUGAUUUCUUUACUAGAGCAUGAAAAUCUUGAACAACAGGUUGAGGUAAAAUCUUUGUAUGAUCAAAUUAACAUGCUAAGACGGGGCUUAUAUAGAGUACUGAAAACUCUUGAACUUGAUUCAAACCAAUGUUGUGAAGAUAAGGCUGAGCAAGAUCAAAUGCUUCUAAAUUAUGCAGUCAACAAGCUUCAAGAAACACAGAAGUUCUUCUUAGAGACUCAAUAUGAAAAUCAGCAGUUGAUCAUUGAGAAUUCUGUUAUUUUUACCCUGCUUGGGCAACUGCAGCAAGAGGUGGAAAAUCUUGUGACAGCUAAAAACACUCUUGAUGAGGAGUUGGCACAUAGGUCGGAACAGUUCUUGGUUUUGCAUAGGGAGAGCCAAAAACUUUCAGAGACUAACAAAGAGUUGAGAUUGAAGAUUGUGGAAAGAGACAACAAAGAGGAAGUAUUGAAGGUUGAGCUGAAUAAUCUCCAUGGACAACUCUUAGACUUGCAAGGGGCUUACAAGAAUUUGAAGGAAGAGAACUGCAAGGUACUUGAUGAACAAAGAUCCUUAAUGAAGUCAGUCUCAGACUUGGCAGAGGAGAAAACUGAUUUAGAAGAUGAGAAUUGUACCAUUUUUGCUGAAACAGUAUCUUUAAGUGUCCUGUCUGUAAUUUUCAGAGACGUCAUCUCUGAAAAAUUCUCAGAAGUAGUACAGCUCAGUGAAAAUCUGGAUAAACUGCAUCAUGCCAAUAAUGAUCUCAAUGAGAAGGUGAAGCGAAUGGAGGGGAAGUUAGUGGAACUUAGUGUAUUGCAGCAUGAGAAAAGAGAGCUUCAUAAAAUGGUGGAAGACCUGAAGAGCAAGUGUGAUGAGUUUGAAUUGAUACGAUCAGAUCAAGAAAAGCAGAUAAUGAAACUAUCUGGGGAUUAUGAUCACCGAAGUAUGGAGGUAGAAUGCAUUCGUGAAGCAAAUAGAGAAUUGGAGACUAACCUAGGGAAGUUGAAUGAAGAACUUCGAGAAACUAAAAGCAGGGAGGAAAGUUUGAAUUCUGAACUGCAGAAAAAAAUAUUUGAGGCUCAAACAUCCGAGUCUCAGGCUAUUGUACUUUUUGGUGAAUUGCAAAUAUCUCUGGUGCAACAAGCCCUGUUUGAAGGAAAGGUUCAUGACCUGAAGAGUAAGUGUGAUGAGAUUGAGUUGAUACGAGCAGAUCAAGAAAAGCAGAUGAUCAAACUAUCUGGGGAUUAUGAUCGACGAAGUAUGGAGGUAGAAUGCAUUCAUGAAGCGAAUAAGGAAUUGGAGACUGAACUGAGGAAAUUGAAACAAGAACUUCAAGAAACUAAAAGCAGGGAGGAAAGUCUGAAUUCGGAGCUGCAGAAAGCAAGAUAUGAGGGUCAAAGAUGGGAGUCUCAGGCUGCUGUACUUUUUGGUGAACUGCAGGUAUCUCUGGUGCAACAGGCACUGUUUGAAGGAAAGGCUCAUGACCUGAAGAGCAAGUAUGAUGAGGUUGAGAUGAUACGAGCAGAUCAAGAAAAGCAGAUGAUCAAACUAUCUGGGGAUUAUGAUCAACGAAGUAUGGAGGUAGAAUGCAUUCGUGAAGCAAAUAGGGAAUUGGAGACUGACCUGGGGAAAUUGAAUGGAGAACUUCAAGAAAUUAAAAGCAGGGAGGAAAGUCUGAAUACUGAACUGCAGGAAGCAAGAUAUGGGGCUCAAAAUUGGGAGUCUCAGGCUGCUGUACUUUUUGGUGAACUACAGAUAUCUCAGGUGCAACAGGCACUGUUUGAAGGAAAGGCUCGUGAGCUCAUUGAAGCAUGUGAGAGCCUUGAAGCAAGAACUGUGGAGAUCAACCAGCUGAAAGAAAGAGUUAGCACCAUGGAAUGUGAAAAUGAAGAACUAAAGACUCGGAUGACUUCGUAUGUUCCAGCUUUCAUUUCUUUAAGGGAGAGUAUAACAUCGUUGGAGAAUCAUACUCUCUCACAUGCAAUACUUCCUGAAGGUGACAACAAGGAAGCGAAGGAUGCUACAUCAGCAGUGCAAGCUGAAAGCUCUCGACAAAUUAGUUAUAUCAUGGGACCAGAUGGACUUCAGGACCUGCAAAGUUCACACAUGAGAAUUAAAGCUAUUGAAGAGGCAGUGAUGGAAAGGGAGAGACUUGUUAUUCUGGAACAAUCAAGUGCUAAUUCCAAGCUUGAGGCGGCAAUUGGAGAGAUUAAACAGUUAAGUAGCUUACAUCAAGAGCCCAUUGAAGCAGGCAAGCAUGGAAAUCAAAAUCCAGAGGGGAAGGGACUGAGACUUGAAACCUUUGGAGGAGGAAAUGAAGUGAUGACAAAAGACAUAAUGCUUGAUCAGAUUUCUGAAUGUUCAUCAUAUGGGAUCAGCAGAAGGGAGACAGUUGAGGCUGAUGAUCAGAUGCUUGAGAUAUGGGAAACUGCUAACCAGAAUUCCAGCAUCGACCUGACUGUUGGGAUGUCUCCAAAGGCAAAAGCUGCAUUUGCGGAGAAGAAGCGGAACAGGCGCUACUCUUCUACAGAAUCAAUAGUUGAGAAAGAUGUUAGUGUGGACAAAUUAGAGAUCUCUAGGAAAUUGUCAGGGUCUCGUCAAGAAGUGAAUGAGAGGAAGGUUCUAGAAAGACUUGAUUCUGAUGCACAAAAAUUAACUAAUCUUCAAAUAACUGUGCAAGACUUGAAGAGGAAAGUGGAGAUUACAGAGAAGAACAGGAAGGGAAAAGGUAUCGAAUAUGACAGUGUGAAGGAACAGUUAGAAGAAUCUGAGGAGGCCAUCACGAAGUUGUUUGAUGUGAAUCGCAAAUUGAUUAAGAGCAUUGAAGAUGAAUCGCUGUCCUCUGAUGAGAAAUCUGCAUUAGCAUCAGAUGAGAAUGGAAGCGUCAGGAGGAGAAGAAUUUCAGAACAGGCAAGAAGAGGCUCUGAAAAAACUGGGAGGUUACAGUUAGAGGUGCAGAAAUUGCAGUUUCUUUUGCUGAAACUCGAUGAUGAAAACAAAAGCCGAGGAAAAACCAAGAUUGUAGAACGAAAAACAAGAGUUCUACUGCGGGACUAUCUGUAUGGAGGGACAAGAACUAGCCAGAUGAAAAAGAAAGGGCACUUCUGUGCAUGUGUGCAACCUCCAACCAAAGGUGAUUGAGAUGAAUUUCAUUUCGUCGGCAAAUAUGUGGUGUAGUUCAAGGUUAAACUAAGACAUUUAGUUGCUUUGUGCAUAAAUUUUCCUUAGUAGAGAUCUUCCAUAGACUUGAAUAAUAUCACUUGUUUGUUAAAAAGAUCCUUAGUUUAGCAAUCCUGCUGUACAUGUUGAGCUGCAUCUGAUCAAAAGGAGCUGCUCUGUGAAGAGCUUUCUUUUUU